CUAUUUACCCAAUAAUAAUACACUGCACUUUACCGCCCUUCUAUAUAUAUAUAUAGUCAUUAGCUAGCUAGUCCAUGCCAGUAGAUCAAAGUGUACGUACUUGACUUCAAAGCUAGCUUGGAUUGUUCUGGAAAUUUGUUAGUUGUUAAGUUUCGACAAUAAUGGGUAUUAGACUGGUUGGGAUUUCCGAAGCCAAGGAGAAGCUUCGGAGAACGCUUUCGCCGAGAAAAGGGAGCAUUUGGACGACGUCGAAUGAUGUCCCAAAAGGCCACUUUCCGGUUUACGUGGGAGAAGCACAGCGGCGGUUUGUGGUUCCGAUCGCGUACUUGAAGCAUCCUUUGUUCCAAGAGUUGUUGCAUUGGGCUGAACAAGAAUUUGGGUAUGAGCAUCCCACCGGCGGUUUAACUAUUCCAUGCACUGAGCAUUACUUCUUCACCCUCAUUUCCCUGCUCAAGUCUUCAUAGCCUCAACUCUCUUCUCAUCUCAUCAUCAUAUAUCUAUAUAUAUGGAAACGCUCCAAUUAAUUCUUCCAUCAACAUUUUUACAGUGCUGCAAAUAUAAGUAGUGCUGUAAUUUUUUUUUUUUUUUUUUUUUUUUUGUGACAAGGGAACCUACCGUCACAUAUGAGCGUGUGCACAACUGCACAUCUUGACCAUCAGGUUCGACUAGGAGAGUGUUGGCAAUGUGCUAUAAUUAGUACAUGCAUAUUUUUAGAUUUAGUUAGCCCUUAAAAAUAUGGGCGGCGAAGCAUGCAAUCGAGCCAACCCUGCUAGUAUACUCUUAAAUUGUGUAAAGUGGAUUAAUUCUAUGUGACUUUGUAAAUGCAUUCAAUGAUCAAUAUUUUUAAGGGUUAUUAAUUUGAAAUG